AUUGAGAAAGAAGCAGGACCACACUGCCACCCAUACACCUCUGACCGACUUAUCAAGAAAGACACAAUGGAAAAGGGAUUCCAAAUCCCAGCACCACCAUACCCUGGCCCCCCUCUGGACUACAAUGCAGGAGUCUUCCAACAGCCUGUUGUCCAGCCUGUUGUCCAGCCUGUUGUCCAGCCUCCUGUUGUCCAGCCUGUUGUCCAGCCUGUUGUCCAGCCUGUUGUCCAGCCUGUUUUCCAGCCUGUUGUCCAGCCUGUUGUCCAGCCUGUUGUCCAGCCUGUUGUCCAGCCUGUUGUCCAGCCUGUUGUCCAGACAGUUAGCCAAAUGGUGGUGGUGCAGAAUCUGCCAAAAUGCGUUCCUGGACAGAUGUUGUGCCCUUACUGCCACACCAAUGUUGUGACUAAAAUUGAGUACAAAAUCGGACCAUACACCUGGUUGGUUUGUGGCCUAUUAGGAGUCUUCUUGUGCUGGCCUUGCUGUUUCAUACCAUUCUGCGUCAAUGAUUGCAAGGAUGUGGAGCAUUCCUGCCCCUCCUGCAGCGGCAUUAUCCACGUCCACAGGCGCAUGUGAAGCAGAACUGCAGUGUAUGUUCUACUGAAGCAACAGCAGCAGGGCAUCUCUGUGCAAACAGACAUCCUCUGUAACCCUGUGCUCAUCCUGUACACCCGUUUCCAUGUUUUAACUGUAUAUAAACUGAACACACUGAAUAUGUAGCUAUGUAGAAGAGCAACAAAGAAACUCCCUUCCUUUCCUUUUAACUUAAGAAAUCACCCUUUAAGAAAUCACUUUAUAUAAAUUUACUGUGAAAAUAUGAGUUAGUUAUCAGGACUGUUUUUUCUUCUUCUUUGUUUUGGUGACAGUGGUGUUGUCUCUGAAUCAAAUACCUCAACGUUAAAGUGAAGGAAAAAAGCCUUAAAUGAAGGCAUGUGGGUUUUUUAAAGUAACAUACCCACAAGUAAAAUCAAAAUUAGAUGUUUUAGCGUUUAAAGUUAUUCUUUGAUUUUUCAUUUACAUGACAUAUUGAAUGUUUUC